GCAACUUUUGGGCCUAUUUCACUUUUAUCUUUCAGCGUCCCUCUCCGCCCACUCGGUCUCCUCUUCUUCCCUCGGCUGAGGCUGGAUUCUGAGACCGCGGAGGCGACGAUUUUUGGAGGUUUGUUGGAUAGUUAAUCGAUAAAUUCGGUAAAAACGGGAUCUUUUGUAGGGCCAGAUCCGGCGCGCUCACUGGAGAUCGUCAGAGGAAGGAGGCCCCGCGAUGUCUGGUUGGGUCGUACGGAGGGUGCUUGACGGAAUGUCGCUGAGAAAGCCCGUGCAUUUGGCGCCGGCGCGCGGUUUCUGCAUCGGACCGCCGCAGUGGAUCGGGUCUCCGAGAACAUUGCUCGGUCAAAACGUCGCAAUCCAACAUUGACCGAACGGAGCGUCAGUCGCGUGUUUGCAGUGAGGUUUGGGUUCCCUCCAUCCUCAUCGAUUUCCUUGCGCCGGAUUCAUUCGAUCGGUCCCAUUUGUUAGAUACUUUGAAGAGCUCACCUCACUCUUACGAACUUGUUGCUAGCGGUAGGAUGAUCCUCAAUGCCAAUAACCACCGUUUAAGCCGCUCCGCUCGCAAUCAAAAAGAUGGAAGUUUUGACAAGAGCUUGUUCUAAUAAACUGAUGCUUUACACACUGGGACUAACAGGCCGUACUCGGACGGGAGGUAGCAGAGAAUGGAGCUGUGCAUGAACAGCAGCAGCAGGAUGACAAGCUUCUCUCCCUCUGCUCACCCAAUGAGGUCCAGGCCAGGCCCCGCCAAGUUCAGCGACGGCGAGGCUAUGGGCAAGAAGCUACAUUGUUUCGCUGCGACUACAAAGAAGAAGAAGUACCAGCAAUUGGCUGUUAAGACGUCUCUUACCACUGCUGAUAUUGGAGCAGAGGUCAAGCUUAGAGAUUUGGAAAUGGAGAGGAAGGACCCUCGGACGGUUGCUGCUAUUAUUUUGGGUGGUGGAGCAGGAACCCGUCUCUUCCCUCUUACUAAGCGGAGAGCCAAACCAGCUGUUCCUAUAGGAGGUGCUUAUCGAUUGAUCGAUGUACCAAUGAGCAACUGUAUAAACAGCGGAAUCAAUAAAGUAUAUAUUCUUACACAGUUUAAUUCUGCAUCGUUAAAUAGACAUAUUGCACGGGCUUACAAUUUCAGUAAUGGAAUGAGCUUUGGAGAUGGCUUUGUUGAGGUGCUAGCAGCUACUCAGACUCCCGGUGAGGCUGGAAAGAGUUGGUUUCAAGGUACCGCAGAUGCUGUUCGGCAGUUUCACUGGCUUUUUGAGGAUGCCAGAAAUAAGGGAAUUGAGGAUGUACUAAUUCUCUCAGGAGAUCAUCUCUAUCGUAUGGACUACAUGGAUUUUGUUCAGAAUCAUCGUCAAAAUGGUGCGGACAUUACCAUUUCAUGUCUACCUAUGGAUGACAGUCGUGCAUCCGAUUUUGGUUUAAUGAAGAUAGACAACAAAGGAAGGGUCACUUCAUUCAGUGAAAAGCCGAAAGGAAAUGACUUGAAGGCUAUGGCUGUUGACACUACUGUCCUGGGGUUGUCAAGAGAGGAAGCAGAAAAGAAACCAUAUAUAGCUUCUAUGGGAGUGUAUCUGUUCAAGAAAGAGAUACUUCUAAAUAUUCUGAGAUGGCGUUUUCCUACGGCAAAUGACUUUGGAUCUGAAAUAAUUCCGGCUUCUGCAAGAGAAUACUUUACCAAGGCAUAUCUAUUUAAUGAUUAUUGGGAGGACAUUGGGACUAUUAGAUCUUUCUUCGAAGCAAACCUUGCCCUCACUGCUCAUCCACCAAGCUUCAGCUUCUAUGACGCUGCAAAGCCGAUGUAUACAUCUCGGAGAAACUUACCGCCAUCUAAAAUUGAUAACAGCAAGAUUGUUGAUUCGAUUGUCUCUCACGGAACGUUCUUGAACAACUGCUUCAUAGAUCAUAGUGUUGUUGGUAUUCGAUCACGAAUAAAUUCUGACGUGCACUUAAAGGACACAGUGAUGCUCGGUGCUGACUACUACGAAACAGAUGUUGAAGUAGCAUCACUGUUAGCUGAAGGUAGGGUUCCUAUUGGAAUCGGAGAGAAUACGAAGAUCAAGGAAUGCAUCAUUGACAAGAACGCAAGGAUAGGAAAGAAUGUGACAAUCACAAACUCAGAUGCAGUACAGGAGGCUGACAGAUCUUCGGAAGGCUUCUAUAUUCGAUCAGGAGUUACUGUCAUAUUGAAGAACUCAACAAUUCCAGAUGGGCUGGUGAUAUAAUGACAGUAUCUUCAUUCUUCCUUUGCCCAACUGCAAAAACUUUACAUGAGAUGCAGCUAAAUAUGCUUUCAUAUUUCUCCAUCUCCAACGUACCAUGAGCCAUAUUGCUGACAACUGCAACUGUAUAUGGAUGAGUUUGUUCAUCCUACCUGAAUAUUAUUUAGCUAAAGUAGGAUGUUGAAUAUUCAAUUUCAAUUCUCUUUUAUACCUGUGAAAUUAGAAGAGGAAAACCUGUGAAAUUAGAAGAGGAAAGAUUUGGCUGGACCAGGCGUUUCCUGUAUGAGUUCAGGAUUCAAAUCCCAUCCAUCUCUAUUUUAAUGCAGGCUGUUUUGAAUGCUUGAAGGAGCUGAAACCAA